ACGUUACCCUCCGUCCACUCGUGCUCAGGCGAAGGGAAGAUGUAUCGCUGCGGCUCCUCCUUUUCGCGAAUUUCCUCUCCUUCCUACAGAGCCGUCAAGCAUGCGAGAGGACGGGGUGUCGACAAAGUUAACUCCACCAGACAGUAUGCUAACCUACCUGACAAACCACCUUCGAUGAAUGACCUGCCAGUACCUCAAGGCUCAUGGACUCUGCGAAAUCAGAGGGUUCAGAGGUCCUACAAUUUGCAACUGGCAACAGGCCUUGGUUUUGCUGGAUUUACAUUGUUUGUUGCCAAACAGAGUGGACUGAUAGAGUUUGGCUGGGGACCUGGUAAGGUGCUCUUCCCAAAGGAGGCUGUAGAAGUAGCUGAGGAAGAGGCACCAGCAGAAGAGCCCGUUGAAGAAGCACCUGUCGAAGAAGCAGCUGCACCUGUCGAAGAAGCAGCUGCACCUGUUGAAGAAGCUGCACCUGUUGAAGAAGCAGCUGCACCUGUCGAAGAAGCAGCUGCACCUGUCGAAGAAGCACCAGCUGCUCCUGCCGAGGAAGCACCAGCUGCUCCUGCCGAGGAAGCACCAGCUGCACCUGCUGAGGAGGCGCCAGCUGCACCUGCCGAGGAAGCACCAGCUGCACCUGCCGAGGAAGCACCAGCUGCACCUGCCGAGGAAGUACCAGCUGCACCUGCCGAGGAAGCACCAGCAGCACCUGCCGAGGAGGCACCAGCAGCACCUACUGAAGAGGCACCAGCUGCACCUGUAGAGGAAGCACCUGCUGCUCCUGCAGAAGUCCCAGCUGUUAUUGAGGCUAUAGAACCUGCAGUUGAAGCAGCAGCUGCAGUUAAAACAGAACCUGCUGUUGAAGCUGCUCCUGCAGCUGAAAUCGAACCUUCUGUUGAAGCAGCUCCUGCAAACCUGCAGUUGAAGCAGCAGCUGCAGUUAAAACAGAACCUGCUGUUGAAGCUGCUCCUGCAGCUGAAAUCGAACCUUCUGUUGAAGCAGCUCCUGCAGUUGAAGCAGCAGCUGCAGUUAAAACAGAACCUGCUCUCCUGCAAACCUGCAGUUGAAGCAGCAGCUGCAGUUAAAACAGAACCUGCUGUUGAAGCUGCUCCUGCAGCUGAAAUCGAACCUUCUGUUGAAGCAGCUCCUGCAAACCUGCAGUUGAAGCAGCAGCUGCAGUUAAAACAGAACCUGCUGUUGAAGCUGCUCCUGCAGCUGAAAUCGAACCUUCUGUUGAAGCAGCUCCUGCACUCCUGCAUUGAAGCAGAACCUGUUGGUGAAGCUGCUCCUGCAGCUGAAAUCGAACCUUCUGUUGAAGCAGCUCCUGCAGCAGCUCCUGCAGUUGAGAUAGAACCUGCAGUUGAAGCAGAACCUGCUGUUGAAGCUGCUCCUGCAGUUGAAGCAGAACCUGCUGUUGAAACCACUCCAGUAAUUGAAGCAGAACCUGCUGUUGAAGUUUCCGACAAGGGUAAAGCAGAUGUUGCUGAACCAAUUUCAGCCGAAGUAGAACCUAGCACUGAAGUUGCUACCUCAGUAGAGCCUACAGCUGAAUCUGAGCUUAUCAAGGAAGCUGCUGUAGCUGAAGCCUCUUCCAAUUUAGAAAAAGCAAAUGACACUGUAGUCACCCCAGUGAAGUUUGAAGCUGCAGCUCCAUCUGUGCCAGAACAUGUUCCAUACCUGAUCAUUGGUGCAGGAACAGCCUCAGUAGCGGCUUUUAGGGCCAUCAAGGCGAAAGAUGCUAAAGCAAAGGUGCUUAUAAUUUCUGGUGAGGGUGAAGCUCCCUACAUGAGGCCACCCCUCAGCAAAGAGCUCUGGUACAGUGAUGAGCCUGAAACAGCCUCAAAGCUGAGGUUCAAACAGUGGAAUGGGAAGGAGAGGAGCAUCUUCUUUGAACAUGAUGAGUAUUACACUCCCAUUGAAACUUUAACCACACGGGAGAAUGGAGGAAUUGCACUUCUGAAAGGUCACAUGGCAGUCAAGCUGGAUGUCCACAAGAAGCGCGUCUAUUUAGAUGAUGGGACUGAAAUUGGAUACGACAAGUGCCUUAUUGCUACAGGAGGUAAACCCAAGUCCCUUCCCAUACUGGACCGAGCUGGAGAAGAUAUUCAGAAGAAUGUUACCCUUUUCCGUGGCAUUAAGGAUUUCCAGAUUCUCCACAGCAUAGCACAGGAAGGGAAACACAUCACAAUUAUUGGUGGUGGAUUCCUGGGCUCAGAACUUGCUUGUGCAUUAGGUCACAAAGCAAAGACAAACAAAGGGAAAGUGACGCAGGUAUACCCAGAGUCAGGUAACAUGGGAAAAGUUCUCCCUGAAUACCUUUCCAAGUGGACCACUCAGAAGGUCAAGUCGGAAGGAGCUGACAUCAUCCCCAAUUCUUAUGUUAAGGGUGUGAGCACCAACGACGAAGGCAAAGUGGUGUUAACUCUCAACACAGGAGUUGAACACGUUACUGACCACAUUGUUGUAGCUGUUGGGCUGGAGCCUAAUGUCGAAUUGUCAAAGACCUCUGGACUGGAAGUGGAUGACAUCCAUGGCGGUUUCCGAGUGAACGCUGAGUUGGAAGCAAGGACUGACCUCUGGGUGGCUGGAGAUGCGGCCUGCUUUUAUGACAUCAAGCUUGGACGCAGACGUGUGGAGCACCAUGAUCACGCCAUUGUUUCUGGACGGUUGGCUGGCGAAAAUAUGACAGGCGUGGGCAAGCCAUACUGGCACCAGUCCAUGUUCUGGUCUGACCUGGGACCCGAUGUUGGCUAUGAGGCUAUUGGUAUUGUGGACUCCUCCCUACCAACCGUAGGUGUGUUUGCUAAGGCCACUGAGAAGGACACACCAAAGGCAGUGGUUGAAGCUACUGGAGAAGGCAUGCGGUCAGAAACUGAAAGUGCUGCAGAAAGUGGCAUCAUAGCACAUUCCAGCGAGCCCCAUGCCCCAGUGUCUGGUGAAGAUUAUGGCAAAGGAGUUGUUUUUUAUCUGCGAGACAACAUUGUCGUAGGCAUUGUAUUAUGGAAUGUAUUCAACCGUAUGCCCAUUGCAAGGAAGAUCAUUAAGGAUGGCAAGAGUUACGAUGAUCUCAGCGAAGUGGCAAAGCUCUUCAGUUUGCAUUCUGAAUAGGGAUAACAGUAGCUUCUCAGAUUGUUACUAUUUUUGACAUGGGUUCCUAGGAGUCAGUACUUUUUUUACAGAUGAACGUAAAUACCAGACAUUUAGAAUUGAAGAUUGUUACGUGUAUAUAAAAUGAUACUGUGAAGUCAGCUACUGAACUAUGGCUUGUGUGCUCAACAAGGUUGUUGGUAAAUGUUUGUCUUUCCUUUUACUAGAUUACAAAACAUUGCCAUCCAAGCGACAGUAAAUGCUUGUGAAAUUCAAAAUCACUUAUUAACUUUACAGAAACCUUGCACUUUUUAAUUUUGAAUAUAGUUUGGUAUUUUCGCACAAUUCAAGCUUACAGUCUGAAAGACUUCAGUUGGUAUCACAUUAUGGUUGCAGAAUUAAUGGUAUGGGGAGCUUCUUGCUAUUUCAUGAUUGUAAACUAUUGAUUGAUUCUUACACACGUGCCAGAGUUGCAAGUGCAAAAGUUAAGCAGUAGUUUAAGUUAUAUGGAGUUAGACAGCAAAAAUUGAAUAUUUCCAAGGUGCCAUAGCUGCAAACACCAUAGGUUUUCAAAGACAAAUAUUGAUUUAUGUAUGAAGUGUUUAUAAUGUGUUACUGACCGAAUGAGCAAAAUGGCAGUGCUUUUCAAUUUUGUAAUUUAGGAAAAUAACAUGAAGUUGACAAUUAAAAAAUAUAUGAAAGGAUGCUUUUGUUGAUGAUUUUAGUGUUGUGGUUAGUGAUUUUUUUUUUCCCCAUAAUUAUUAUUAUUAUUAUCAUUAUUAUUAUUAUUAUUAUUAUUAUUAUUAUUAUUAUUAUUAUUAUUAUUAUUUCUCAAAACAGAUUCAGUAGAAGGGAAGGUUAGUUGCUUUGUCAAUUAUACCUAGAAACAAGGUAUUUUUGCAAACUGUACAAAAGUAAAAGUCAUCACUAUUCUUAUGAUUUAUGUAAAAGGAACUGGACAGAAGGUAUUGCUACAGUGCAUUAGUCUUCAUCAUUCCUAAAUGAACCAUAGCCAUUACCCAUAUACCAGAGGAUACCAUGUACAGGCUCGAUUUCAUCUUCAUCUUUAUCCCCCCUUUUUUUUUAGGGAUGUAGUUGAACGCUGAAAAGCAAUUCCAUGUUGACACGAUGGAAAAGGAACCCAUAGUGCAUCCAAACUGGUUUACUUAGAAAAGUUAACAGUUUGGAAAUCAGGGACUUCUGUGCUUAUGAAUGGUUCUUGAUUGACUUCUUACGGGUUCUGCCGACAUUGUGAGCACUAAAUGCAAUGAUCAAUUCCCAAAGCAUAUUUUUUGCCAUAAGGUUAAAUACUGGAGUCUUAAUAAAUAAAAAGAAAGUGAAGUCAUGGAAAAAGUUCAUGAAUCAGCAAUGUUGGUUCUGUUAACAUGUUUGUCUGACAUCUGAUGUUAGAGAUUCCUGUGAUUACCUAACACCCCAUCCUGCUUGUAAAGGAGGUGAGGGAAGUGUUGCAUGUUACUUUUUCGUCUAUCAUUUUUCAUCUUUACACCAAGUCUUCCUCACAAAGAUUUUAUUUGCCAAAAUUAACUUGUUGAAGCAUUUGCCAGUGCUCAUUUGUGCAUGAAACAAAAUCCAUCACAUGUGAGUUGUGUGUAAAUAAGAUAUUCUACUGAACACAAAAAGCGGCACAUUGUACAUAGUGUAAGUGGCAUAAAAUAAAUGUUAGAUUCUUAGUACAAAGUAUUUUACUAA